GCAAUGCCUCCAGAUACCAUCAACAAAUAAGCACAGCGUAGAUGAGGUCAUGGUAGCAUAUAAAGGCACAAGGGCUGGCAAUCUCCGUCAAUAUAUUGCCAACAAGCCAGACGAAUGGGGCUUUAAGGUGUUUUGCCGAGCAAGUUCAUCUGGCAUCAUUCAUGACCUGGUCAGGGACCUUCCACAUUCUUCAACGUUACCCUCAGUGAAGAGGAGCAGAUGUUACCUUUGGGAGCCAAAGUGGUGACAACACUUUGCCAAACCAUAACACAGCCAAGGCUUUCUGUUGUGUUCUGUGACAACUAUUUUACCAGUGAUGACAGACAAAGAGCUGAUGAAGAGAGGGUGUGGAGCUUUUGACUACAGGUCUGCUGAAGGUGUGAUCGCAGUUAAAUGGUUUGACAACAAAUGUGUGAACCUGCUAAGUAAUGCUUCUGGGAUCAUGCCACUUUCAACUGUCAAACGCUGGAGCAAAGAGUCCAAGGUGAAAGUUAUGAUCCCAUGCCCAUCACUCAUCCCUGCAUACAAUGAGCAUAUGGGAGGGAUAGAUCUCUCUGACAUGCUGGUACACCUGUACAAGACCCCAGCCAAGUCUACAAGAUGGUACCUGCCACUCUUUGGUUACAUGCUUGAUCUGUCCAUUGCAAAUUCCUGGCUGGUCUACAAGAGGGAAUGUGGACAACUAAACCAGAAACCAAUCACACUCAAAAGAUUCCGCCUGGCAGUUGCGCAUAGCUUGAAACAAGUCAACAAGCCAGCAUCCAAAGUUGGCCAACCAUCAUCCAGCUCUCCAUCACCACCAAAGAAACGAUACACCCCAAGACCCUCACAACCACAGCCAGAUGUGCGAUAUGACUGUUUUGGGCAUUGGCCACUUCACUGUGACAAGCGAGGCUGAUGCAAUUACUGUCCAAAGGGCGUCUCAAGAUGGAAAUGCCAAAAAUGCAAUGUUUUCUUGUGCUUGAAUGCCAGUCAGGAAUGCUUUGCAGUGUACCACCAGAAGAUCUAAUCAUCAAGGGGUAUUGGUGAAGUUGCAUGAAUGGCAAAAGAAAAGAGCCAGAACUGUUUCAGUGUGUUCUCAAAAUUUUCAGUGCAAAAUGGCAAUGGUAUAUAAUAUACCACCAGAAUUUUCUGGAAAAUAAAAUAAAAAAAUGUUAGUGCUGUUCCAACACUACAGUGAAAAGUUUAUGUUAACAACAGGUCAAAAGUGAAUUUGUAUGUUUAUGAAUUUUCGGUAAUUGCAGAUCAAGUUUUGAUCAAAUUUACAAUAUUUUUGUGUUUUAUACAUUUUGUGGUUUGUUAUUAUGACGCCCACUGUUGAAAUGGAAUCCAACAAUGUUUGAUGUUUUACUACCACAAUAAAGUGGGUCAAACACAAAAUUGGGUAGUUAUUGUUUUGCAAAAUGAGUAUAACCUUUACUUUUUUCUACUGUCUGUAGAACUUUAUGUAGUUGUACUAUAGAGAGACAUCUCAACCGUUUGGUAGAGGGUAAUAUUUAAAAAACUAUAAGGUGUGUAUAAAACAUUUUUUUUGAUUGUGAUCAUUAUUGACCUAAAGGAAUAGAAAAUAUGAACAAAUAAUUUUUUUCAUUGUAUUUAUCUUGGUGAGGCAGUCAAAGGGUUUUAAUGGUUUUCUUUCGUU